AUGGUCCAGGAGAUCGUUCACACUGAACGCGUUCUAACGAACGAUAAGAAGUGUGCUACAAAAGUCGUGAGCCGGAUAAUGCAACCAGUCCGCUGCCCCGAGGCCAAAAAGUUGACCUACUGCAACGAGACCACUGGGAUCGCUACUACAACGAAACUGCAACCCAUGGUGGAGAAUUGUGAAUGCAAGAGUACCGUGCAAACCUAUCAGAUGCGUUGCAAGUGCAAUCCCCAGACCACCUUCGUCCGACAGACGGCCUGUUCCAAGGACUGCAAAACGACGGUCAUUCAGCAGAGGGAAAAACUGACUGCCGACGGUGUCUGCAAGCCCGAACUGAUAGCUCAGGUCAAGAAGUGCUGCUGUCCCCGGCCAGCUGUUAUCAGACGCAAUUGUGACUCGGCCAGCGGCAUGAGCAGUAUUACAACUCGCAUCUUUAAACUUGUGCAGGGCGAGUGCAUUCCGGUGGACAAGACCGUUUCGCGAGCAACGAUCUGUUCAUCAAACGAGACAGUACGUGUGCUGAAGGAGCCCAGCGGCUGGCUGCGUCUAGAACGAACGAAAGAAGUACGAAUUGGCUGCAGGUGCCACAUGCGAUCUCAGAUUUCCCGCAAGAAAUGGAAAUGUCCCGAAAUCUCCCGCAGAACCCAGUGUGUUGAACUAUCAGAUCAGCAGCAGGCCUGGAAGACCGUACUGGUGAUGUGGAAGUCUUCUACGAAAGAGUCGGUCUGCAGUCGAAGAGAAAUCUUCACCAAAUUGCAGCCCAUCGUGUGUAGCAUUCCACCGCAGAACAUUUCAGACUGCUUCUUCGACGCCAAGCGCCACGCCUUUGUGCGACGCAUACUGAAUUUCAAAAGGCGUCUUGAGGGCUGCCACUGCGUUAGGGAGCCGCCAACAGUGACUUUCCAGGUCUGCAGUUGUGCAAAACCGGUUCAACGGGCGAAAUGCGCAAAGUAA